AUGCUGGCUCUCCAGGCCUUGACCCGGGACAUCAAGAAACUUUGGAGUGUACCCUGGAUUACUGUCCAGCGUCAUACAGGGGACCCUAACAACUUCCUACCUACCCGCUUGUUGUCAGGCCUUGAGGGUCUGGAAAACCCAGAAUUAAACUGA